GGUUGUCAGGAGCAGGUGCCCUUCCCCAUGAGGGCCCUCCCGGGAGGGGGCUCUGGCCAGGCUCAGCAGGCUCCCGCCUCUCUCCCCAGCACUCGCGGGUGGACCCCGAGGAGCUCUUCACCAAGCUCGAGCGGAUCGGGAAGGGCUCCUUCGGAGAGGUGUACAAGGGCAUCGACAACCGUACCAAGGAGGUGGUGGCCAUCAAGAUCAUCGACCUGGAGGAGGCCGAGGACGAGAUCGAGGACAUCCAGCAAGAGAUCACGGUCCUCAGCCAGUGUGACAGCCCCUACAUCACGCGCUACUAUGGCUCCUACCUGAAGAGCACCAAGCUGUGGAUCAUCAUGGAGUACUUGGGUGGUGGGUCAGCCUUGGAUCUGCUGAAGCCCGGGCCUUUGGAGGAGACCUACAUCGCCACCAUCUUGCGGGAGAUCCUCAAGGGACUCGAUUACCUCCAUUCCGAAAGGAAGAUCCACCGGGACAUCAAAGCUGCCAACGUGCUCCUGUCUGAGCAGGGUGACGUGAAGCUGGCCGACUUUGGGGUGGCGGGGCAGCUCACGGACACGCAGAUCAAGAGGAACACCUUUGUGGGCACCCCUUUCUGGAUGGCGCCCGAAGUCAUCAAGCAGUCCGCCUACGACUUCAAAGCAGACAUUUGGUCCCUGGGAAUCACAGCCAUCGAGCUGGCCAAAGGAGAGCCACCCAACUCGGACCUUCACCCCAUGAGGGUUCUCUUCCUGAUCCCCAAAAACAACCCCCCCACCUUGGAGGGGCACCACAGCAAGCCCUUCAAAGAGUUUGUGGAGGCCUGUCUCAAUAAGGACCCUCGAUUUAGGCCCGCGGCCAGGGAGCUGCUGAAGCACAAAUUCAUCACGCGCUACACCAAGAAGACGUCCUUCCUCACCGAGCUGAUCGACCGCUACAAGCGCUGGAAGUCGGAGGGCCGGGGAGAAGACUCCAGCUCGGAGGAUUCUGACAUUGACGGAGACGCCGAGGACGGCGACCAGGGCCCCAUCUGGACCUUCCCCCCGACCAUCCGCCCGAGCCCCCACAGCAAGCUGCACAAAGGCAUGGCCCUGCAGGCCUCCCAGAAGUCCGCAGAGCCCAUCAAACGGCAGCCACGGUCUCAGUGCCUCGCCACCCUUGUCCGGCCUGUCUUUGGAGAGGCCCAAGCACACAGGUGCAGCUGUAUAAGACACUGGAAAGCGCUGAAAGCUUACAAGCCCCGCCAGAGCUCUUAUGAGACUAGGAUAACCUAUCACUGGGUACCAUCAAGAAGGAAGCAGCAAGACCUUCUGGAGGAAAAAAGGCCCAAGUUGGGAAAGAACUGCAAGGAGGAGCAAAAAAGACCACUGGUAUAAGUUCAAGGUUUUUAUAAAUGAAAUGAGAACACUCAAAGGAAAACUGGAAAAGUUAUGGAAGAAAAAAAUGGAAACGGAAUUAACAAUUUGACACAAGAGGUAAAAAAAGCUUGCCAAGCAACAAACUGAAAAAAUAGGUGGACCAAGAGAAGUUCGUGAGAUAGCAAAAAAACAAAAACAGAAAACAGAAGGUUAUCACAGUGACUACAACUGAUCCCGUCACUGAAAAAGAAGCAUAAACAUAUUUCAAAGAGAUCUUAAAAUGGUCCUCUUAUGCCCUAGAGGGCAAAGUGAAGAUACGAUCUUACAGUCGUCGCCCAAAAGAAACUCAUUUUAAGUUUCCAGGAGUGUUUGAGCAAAAAUCCAGAGUUUCUAGGACAAGGAAAAAAAAUACUGCAAGCAGUCACAAAGACUAAAUGUCAAGGAGUCACAGUAAGAGUCUCACACACCUUGGCAGUACAGCAAGGGAGAGCUUAAAACAGGAUAUUUCCGAAGACAAAAAAAUAAAGGUUCAUAGCCACCAAUAACAGCAACAAAACUGCAUGAAAUGGACACUUAAUGAAAUAGAGGACUUCUGAGAGUUCCUGAUGAAAGAUCAAAGCUGUGUGGAAAUUUUGAAGCACAAGCACAAGAGUGAAAAAAAGAAACCCAGAAACGUAAACAGGAACUAGCCGUCAUCUAGGACUAAAGGAUAAAGGGUUUACAUUCUCAGAUAGGGAGGUUUGCCUUUGCCAGACCUCUUGAAUCAGGGAACCGAGGGCCUGGGAAUGGUUCUAUUAUGUCUCAGGCUUUAAAGAACAGAAAGAGAGAGGAAAAGAAUAUACUUGUGAGAGAAGAGACCAGAGUGGCGGUGAACACUCUCUGGCCUAAUCGGGAAAGCCGGCAGCAAACCACACGAACAAGAGAAGGAAGCGGAGGAGUGGCUGGCCCAAGCUCCACUCUUACCUGAACCAAUUACACAUGCACACAAAGUUAGGGAGGGGAAUUCCCAUUUCCCUAAUUAGUCAAAUAAAAAGGAGAGAAUGAACACAGUAAAAGAGGAGAGAUUCAGGGAAAGAUUAGCCCAAACAAACUUUAAAGGUGUACAAAAAUAUUAGUCCUUUCAUAGUGGGCAGAGAAUUGAACACUGAAUGUUCCUCAGUUGAGAAAUAGCUGAAUAUGUUGAGGAAUAUGAAUAUUUCUGUUGAAUGAUGAAGGGAACAGUUUCCAGAGAAACCUGAGAAGGCUCGGAUGGACCGAUUCAGCGAAGUGAACCAAACACAGCAAUACUGCAGACACAAAGCAUUUUGAAAAAGUUGUUGUUCCAGGACACUUGUGAUAAAAACAUUUCAGUGCAGCAUUUCUUCUGAAAAAAAACAUGGCCAGUGGGACCAAGAGCCAUAUGAAAUAAAGGCUCUGGGGCUACAUCUUAUGCUCAUCAAAUCAGUAAAGCUGACCAAAAAAAAA